AUGGAGGAGAAUUCUGAAAUUCAUAUGGAAACAGAUGUUUCUUUAAAAACUGAAGCUCAAGAAGUGAUGGAAACUCAUGGCGACAUACGAACAGUCAUAAUUGUGCAGAAUACAUCUGAGGAAGAACUGUUUGGACCUUUAGACACUAAUACUAUAGGCUCUAAACCUGCAACUGAAAUGAAUAGCAGUGAUAAUGGUUCAGAAGAUGCACAGACUAAAAUGGUACCUCAACUGCUAACUACUACCAAGGAUGUAAAGAAUGAUGAAGAACAAUCCCUGCACAGACAUGCUAAGGAGCAUAAAACAUACAAUAACAAGCAUAAGGCAUCUAGGAUUGAACAGCUACAGUCGUCAUUAAAGACUGAUGAUUUGCAAUCAACACUGAAUGAUAAGUCAUCAACUGAUAAGCGAAAUAUAAAUAGCAAUGAGAAGUCUUCAACAAAGAAUAGCCAAAUACAGAUCCCUCAGGAAACCUCCAAGACAAUACCUGAACCUGAUGAUUCAAAGAAGGAUUGCGAUGAUGAUAAUCACUCCUUAAAUACUGAAGAGUUACAGGUUAUGAAGACAUCUUCAUUAAAAACAAUUGACUCAAAUAACACAGAUAAAGAAAAACCUGUUUUAAAGAUUGAUCAAUCACCCAAAACUUACAUAUCCAGACAUAAUACUCAAAGUAAGUGUGAUCAGAAACAGAAUAUUACAUGCACCGUCUCCAGCAGUAUUACUGAUGAAGCUGUGUCCGAUGAUUUGAUAAAUCCUGCUUUGAACGAUAAAAGCAUUGAUGGAUCUUUGGCUACUCCAGUACAGAUUACAUCACAGAAUUCACCUGAGGCAGCUUUAAGUGAACCUGAUGAUAAAACUAUUAACUCUAACACCGAUCAUGAAGAAGACUGCGUAAAACAAAAUGAUGCAUCAAUUGAAUCAAGUGAAAAUGACAAUGAUUCACAAAUGGGAAGUAACUCAGAUGACAAAGAUCAAAAUAAAAAUAUUAGCAGAGAGCUAAAGUCUCUAAUAAAAUCGGCCAAAGAAUCCAAAAUAAUCAGUGAAUGCAAUCAAGUUACAAGCAAAACAAGAAAAUCGAGAUCCACUCUGGAUGCUAGCUUGAAUACAUCAGUAGAAUCUUGUAAAAUUCAAGAUACACGAAGAAGCAGUAUUAAUUCACAGAAAAGCAAUUGCAGUGAAAAAUCAGAGAAGGCUCCAAAAAGGUCGAUGAGGUCUCAGAAUCCUGAAUUUGUGAAUAAGGUGAAACAAUUUCUUAAUUCUGUCACCGGAAAGUGUCAUAAGAAUGAUUCGGAUGAAGAAAUCGAUGCCACAAAGGAGACACAUUAUGAAACAGUAUACUCAUCAUCUAAAAAGAAAAAACAGUCUGAAAAUAUGGAAGUAGAUCCAACGACAAACACCAACAAACUACGCACUGAUCCUUACUGUUGGAGGUGCCAUUGGGCCGUUGAACCAGUUGAAAAUGAAAAGGGUCAUCCACCGAUGCAAUGCACCGUGUGCCCGCGAGCUAUACACUACAAAUGUCUCAACAGCAAUGAAAGGAAUAAGAUAACCGCUGAGAAGAGUUGGGUCUGUCCUGAAUGUAUGGUUGUGCUUCACGCUGAGAGCUCAGAAACCAGAUCACCAGCUAUGAAAAAAGUGUCACUGGGACAACUCUGUGAGCUGCUCCAUUAUGCUUUGGAAAGACUGAAAAAUUUGAAUGGGGUGGAACCAUUUCUUCAGCCCGUAGAUCGUACCGUAUUCCCAGAUUACGACAACUACAUAGUACAUCCUAUGGAUUUGUCGCUGAUGAAGGAUAAUAUAACCGAAGGUCUCUACGGCAGCACGGAAGCGUUCCUAGCUGACACGCAAUGGAUAUUACACAAUAGUAUUAUAUUCAAUACAAUGCAAUCGAAGCUCACUGGUGGUGCAAGGGCCCUAGUUCGCUCAUGCAAAGCCGAGAUGGGUGAGAUUGAAGCCUGUCCUGAGUGCUAUGCAGCGGCACAUGCAAGGAAACCAACCUGGUUCACCGAUGUCUGCUCCACACCACAUGUCCUGCUGUGGGCUAAACUUAAAGGGUUCCCCUACUGGCCAGCCAAAGGUAUGACGGUCAGCAAUACCGGCAUGGUCGAUGUAAGGUUCUUCGGAGCCCACGAUCGUGCUUGGGUUCCAGCUAGAGACUGCUUCCUGUUCUGUGAAAAAGAUCCCAAUAAUUUCAGAUCAAAACGUCAGGAUAUAUUGGAUAGUAUGCAGGAAGCAGAGCAACAUAUACGCAAUAUAUCUCGAAAGUACGGCCAGUAUGUUUAUCCACCGUUCAAGACGCCGUUUGAUCCAACAAAAUUAACUGAACAGUUAAAGAUGAUGAUACCAACAUUUGACGGUGAGAUCGGUGUACCUGUUAGUAAACAGACGAAUUCCCCGACAGUCCCUAAAGGGAAAAGCAGGUCGAACUCUAAAAGCUCCAAGAGUUCUUGCAAUGAUGGUGAUGUGAGUGAGUGUGAAGAUGUCCAGGAAUCCAGAAAAAUGUCUGAUGGUGCUGAGAUCGCUCGCGAUGAAGAGUUUACACCUGACAAAAAUAAAACGUCCGAAAUAAAUGAUAGUGAAAAGGAAACGACACGCAAGCGUCGACGUUCAGAGCUCGAAGAAGCAGUCAUAACAAUCAUGGACAAUUCAAGUGACAAACGGAGGAAAAUUGACAACGAUAAAUUUGUUGUGAAGAAGGAAAUAGCUAAAGAAAAUGAAACCAACAAAGAUAAUGAAGUUAAUACAGAAGAAAACAAAGAAGCAAACGAGAAAACUCAAGAAGUAACGGCUGCUAGCGAUAAAGUAGUCACUAGAAGUAGUAUGGAGGUAGAUGUUACUCCAAACUCAACACCAGUCAAGACAACUCCUAAAGUGAAACCGAUAAGAAUAACUCUAUCCAGAGAUAACGAUAAAGCUAUAGCGAUACCAAAGAUCGUGAGAACGGACAAAGAAACGGAGACAGACAAACCGAACGACAAAAAUAAAUCACAGAAAAGGAGGAACUCUAAACACAAACAAAACAACAGCCAGAACGGCAAGACGGAUAAGGAAAAGAAAGCUGAAAAAGAUAACGUAGUCAAGAUUAUUAUAAAAGAUAAAAACAAAGAUACAUCUAAGACCAAAGUGUCGGACGAUAAAUGUGAGAAAUCAAACAAAACGGGGCCAGAUGUUAAUAAAUCUAAGGAGCAAAGCGAUGACGAUGCCACACUAGCCGUCAUAGCUCGCGAAGUAACAAAUGCGAACGUUUCCGGACUACCCACUAUAAGUAGUGUUCGUAGUUUAUCAACUACCGCACAAAACUUGGACACUACCACAGUAACUACGACAUCUUCGCGAACUACUGAAGUCACUAUCACGGUGAGUGCCAAUUCAAGCAUAUUUACACCCACCAGUACAGACAAUGUUCGCAAUAUGAAGGAGGCGGUGAAUAAAUUACAGAAAUUGAGAAGCGAUGAAUCACCCCUGGUGGGAAGAGUGGGGGUACGAGCGUUCGCCCGGAUGACGUCACCGGAACCACGGACCAGCAAAUUGGAAAGCAUGCUGGUCGAAGUUAAAUCGGAACCGACCGACUUAGAAGAUACGGAGAGGCAGGUCGAGAAGGUGGAUAUGAUGAAGCAGUUCCACCUACGACCGGUGAACCAACCCAACGCUAACUUGAGGGAAGUACGUAUGAACAAAGUCGUGGUAGCGCCACUAACAAGAAAGCCCGUGGCAAAACAACCGGAUGCGAAGAUUAAGGCGAAGAAAACAUUCCCACAGCCGAGGAAGGUAGAUGACGGUAGAUCGGAACUGAAUAGUAAAAACUCCAUGGUAUACAUUCCCAUACAACCGCCGAGUACGCAAGCACCCGUACGACCUACAAGACCGAUCACUAUAAUUAAUGGUACAGCGAACACGCAGACUGUUAGACCUCAAGGAACCACCACAAGUACAGCUACCAACAUAGUGAAUACAAUGAGUACCCCGCUUGUACAGAUGCCAUUAAAUCCAUGCGUGCAAUCAACCACUGUCGCUACUACCAAUACAACUUGUUUAACCACUGUUACCCAAGCUCAAACAUCUGGCUCGAAUACUGGGUCAACUAAUUUCGUGUCCAAUGGAAGCCAAUCUUCCAAUAUUAUGCCAACCACUACCGCUAGUCCGGUGUCUACGACCGCCCAAAUGCCAACAGUUGGCCAAUUGAAUGCCAUCGGUCAAGUGCCAACGAAUGUUCACACGGUGCCAUUGAUAACAUCCGUCAAUGGCCAGUGGACGUUCAGCUUACAACCUAUCAUGUCUGUUGGUGGUCUAGACGAGACAUCACCUUUAAUAAACGGUCUCCCAGACCGCAGCCCGUCCUUAGCGCCGCUACCUUCGUUGCCUGGUGUACAGACGAUACAAAUGCCGUUAAACACAAUAUGUAACAACCCUGAAACUCCGGGCGAGCCACCUCGCCUACAACAGAAGCCCCUCAUGAACCCUUUGGACCCGAGUACUCCUAUCGGUGCUGUACCAACUCCAUCCACCGCUGGACCUCUCACAGCUAAACUAAACCAGAACGCUGUUAAGCUAACAGAUUUCUUCCGAACACUUUUGGAGGACACAUUGGAUAAAGUUGAUGAGCCAGCCGCUCAGGCUACGUUACUAAAGAUGCAGAUAGAACAUUUGCAGUGGAGACACAUGCAGGAGAUUAGAGAAUUAAAACACAACCACGAACUGACAGUUUUAGAAAUGCGAGCUUCAUAUGAGAAGGAUAAGGCUCGUGCUGUGAGUGAGGCGCGGAGAACAGCUCAGGUUGAGCUGGAAGCAGCUGUUAAAGCUACUAAGGCUAAACAGUGGUGUGCUAAUUGCAGUCAGGAGGCCCAGUUCUACUGUUGUUGGAAUACUUCAUACUGUGACUAUCCUUGUCAGAAAGCUCACUGGAACACUCAUUUCUCACAAUGCACACAACAGAGGAAUGCAGCUACUAACGGAGAUAAUUCUAACGCGAUAGAAAAAAGACUGCAGUCAGCUCCUGAUAGUCUCCCAAAGAGUACACAAGCGCCGACACUCACGGUCGGCAAUAAGUUGACAACAACGCGUGUGUUUUCACAAGACAGCACAGCUCAGAAAACUUCUAUCAUAGUGAGUAUGAUGGAGGAUCAGAGUGGUAAUCAGACGAUGAAGUGUGUGGGGACAUACAAGGCGCCCGGGAGCUCACAGAUGUCACCGCUAGUUGUUAAUAAACAAAUCAUGAAUACAGAUGAAGGUUCAAAGAAGGUGGUGACGUCUGGCGGUUACCUCAUAGUGGGAGGAACCACACCGCUAGUUACACCACCGAGACGCACACACACCAUACAGUACUACACGUGA